AUGGAGCAACCUGUACCAUUACUUGGAGAACCCGACGAUCCUGACUAUGGGCACACAGAUUUCGACAUCGAGAAGAUAAAAGAGCCAGUCCCUUCUAAACUGAGAACUGGUUGGGGUUUCAUACAGAGUGCUCUGCCACGAUUUAUGCGACCGAGAGGACUAAGAUACAAUCCUGAUCAAAUUCAAUCAACCGCGUACCUCGACUCGCUACGAGGCUACGCUGCAUGCGUUGUUUACAUGUUCCAUAUGUACGGGUACCCUGACGGCGGCAUUAUGUCUCAGCCGAUUCUCCGCCUCUACUCUGCUGGCCCAGCCAUGGUUAGCCUCUUCUUCGUCAUAUCCGGCUAUGUUUUGAGCUUGCGGAUGCUGAAAUUGAUGAGAACCCAGCAAUCGGCACAACUAUUGGACUGUCUGGCAUCGUCGACGUUCAGGAGAUAUCUUCGACUGUAUGUCCCCACCGCCUUGGCGACAUUCCUGACGAUGAUUAUGAUUCAUCUUGGCUGGUGCAAGCAGUUGAUGGCUUUGCCGACCUGGUGGGAACAAUUCUGGGACUGGCUCGAUGAUGUUGGAUAUUCUAGCAAUCCGUUCCAAGCCGUCGAUGGCUGGUACUUUGUGGAGGGCUUCCGAACCAAGUUCCUUGAUCAGAUGUGGACCAUACCUGUCGAAUUCAGGGGGAGUAUCAUCCUCUUUGCUCUCUGCACAGCGACUUGCAAGAUGUCGACAAGAUCAAGAAUGAGCGUUUCAUCUCUUGUUAUACUUUUCUCCUAUUAUUGGGAAGUCACCUACGUCGCCAGUUUCGUAGCUGGCAUGUUGAUUGCGGACAUGUCUUUGAGUUGGAAUCCAAGCCGUCAAGCACAGACGAAAUUACCACAACUCCGAAGUGAUGACAAUAACUACAGCUUUCGAAACCCAGGGCUUACAAUAGCACAGCAGAGCGGAUUCAUCGCUCUUUUCUUCGUCGGAUUGGUACUUCUCAGCCAGCCCCCUGACCUGGGGAUCGAAGGUCUCUUCCCCUUUCAAUACCUUAUCUACGCGAUACCAUCACACUAUUCUGACGGUGCCGAACAUUUCUGGCUUAGCAUCGGAGCUAUCUUGACCAUUACAGCUCUGGAGUAUUCACCAAGCCUCCAAAAACCUCUCAUCUGGGGCAUAUCGCUAUAUAUAGGGGAACUUUCCUUUGGAAUCUAUGCCAUGCACAAUACACUUUUGUGGGUAUUGUACUAUGACCGUAUGGCUCCUUGGAAAGCGGCACAUUAUCCAGAGUCAUACUGGAUGUAUAUACCGAUCACCGUUUUCAUGACUACUGUAGUGAUUUGGGCAGCGGAUUAUUUUACAAGAGCCGAUCGAAAGAUUGUGGCGUUUGGAAGGUGGCUGCAGACUAAAUUGUUUGAAAAAUGGGAACGAGGUACCUGA